AGCAGAGGUGGUUGGCCACUGGGAGUAUAGCCACAGCGCGCCGUGGGGUUUUGUUGUGUUAUUGCGAUCUUUCGUUGCGAGAAGCGGACUGUGGGCACUCGUGGGCUCCACUUUGGUUAGAGGCCGUUAGCCAGUGACGAAUUCGUCUCCGCGCGAAACGUCUUGGGUGGAAAUUUUCCUUUCAACUCUCUUUCAACUCGACUGGUGUUGACUGGAAUCGCUUAACCCCUACCGUCCCGGGGCUUGUGGAGACGGGGUCCAUAGUCUGUGGGCACAGAAUUGGUCAGUUCCAGAGAUCGGGGCUUGAGUUGAACGUGGAGCGCGCAUGCCUGGGCAGCUCAGUUGCAGCGCAGUAGAUAGUGAGAGAGUGCGCGCACCACGUCCAUUGCGUCAUUGCACUGCGUCACCGACCGACGGCUCGUCGACGUUUUUGAUUUAUUGGCGGCACCUUUGGUCUUAGUUCACCUUUGGAUGGAGGCAGGUUUACCUGUGCCCAACUAUCACUGACCGAUUAUUGUCGUGUGUUGUCGCUGCUCAUUCAUGAAAAAAGUGCCAUCUAGUAAUGCGAACAGGAAGGAAGAAAUCACUCUAACGGAUAAUUAAUUGUCGUGUGCAAUAAAGUUUAAUUUGGAGAAGAAAAAAAAAAUUGGAAUGUUUUCGGGAAGGAAGUAAAGUGCGAACGUCGUGUGGAGUGUGAACAGUUGUGACUAUUGCGGGAUAACCACAUAUUCGUAGUGUAACCUGAGACGAUAGGAAAUUUGUCCUGACCCGGUACCCGGUGAAAAACUUUAAAUAGACCCCCAAUUUCCUGCCCAAGAACACGUACAGCUUAGGAAGUGACGAAUCACCAACCCCUAGCGCUGCACUUACUCAAAUUUUAUUGAUAACUAUAUUAGAGCGGUUUCACGGGUCCGGUUCUUGCCAGUGAUAUGACUCCCUUAAAAUUGGAAUUAUCCUCGUUUUAUAAUUUUCCACUUGAGUUUUAAUUAGAUUUUGAUUAUCUCGAGUUGUUUGUGAUUUGUUACGUUGUUCUGUCGAUUUCCGCCCCCAUGUAUGUGUGCCGUUUCUACCGUGCCGUGUAUGAUGUCUGAUAGUAUCGAGUGGACGUCGAUAAGGAAAGUGGAGUGUUUAGUAUUAGCAGCAACAGAAAUUCACAGAAUUCGUGUUCAGUGCAACCGAGUUUCAUAACUUCCCAAUAAAUGUAACGCGCGUCGGGAAUUGCAGCAAUAUUGGACGAUUCAAGGAAACUAGAUAACACAAACGCUUCCCAUCGUGAUUAUGCCAUUACUUCUAGCCAAUCAUCACAACACAUACGGAAUGUUACUUGAUUACAACGCAAUCAAAAGUAGAAGUAGCUUUCAUUUGGACCAAGAACCAAUCGAUUUCACAAUGUCGAAAUACAAAGCUGAAGUGACCAACUCAUCGGGAGGAUCAUAUGAUCACGGUCAUCAUCGCUUGCAGAUGAACAAUUUGGAGCAUUUAGUGCCAAUACACGCGAAUCCUUUUUACUCGCAACUGAAGCACUCGCCAAAUGCAAAUCGAAUGCAGCCUGAUCAUCUUGGACAGGGAGAGGAUCAGUCCUUCCAUUCACCACACUUGCAGCAGCUUUAUCAGAACUUUUGCGGGAACCUGAAUGACAGACUGUCAAAGGAUAUUUUUCAGCACCAGCAGCAUAGUAUGGAGGCUGCGAAAUGCGAGGAUUUGGAAGAUGAUAAGGAAAGGAUUAGUCGAAGUGGAUGGCACCAACCACUUUCACUGGUAACGCCGAGUUGCGGGAAGAUUGAGACUGCUGAUGAGGAGUCGGAGGCUGCCACUGCGACAGAUGCUAUUGAAGAGCCUGAAAUUAGUGACAUCAGGCAGAAUGAGGUGAAGGAUGCUGUGGAGCCGGAGAAGAAUAGCGAGAUGGUGGAUAGAAAUGAAAGUAGGGUUGGGAUCAUUAGACCUGUAGAUAUCAGCCGACUAUCAAGGACCCCAUCACCAAUUCCAUCCAACGUUUCAGAUGAUGCAAGUGACCGCUGUAUGAGUCCCGAAGCAGCCGAAGACAACUCCACUGCUUUAAAUUUGACAAACGACUCAUCACGGCAUGCAUCAUCCUCACCGUUAGCCCGCAGCACCCCGCCACCGGUAGCAGAUAUACCAGGAAUGAUGCCCGGUGCUCUGGGUCCACUCCUCCUACAAAGUCCCCUUAGCCUCGGUAGCCUGCCAAGUCUCUCCCCACAAGAUUUUGCAACUUUCCAACAGACCAUUCAAAUGCAGCAAGCUACCCUUCAACAGCAAUUCCAAAGCUACAUUGAACUAAUACGUAGCGGAGCACUAAACAUCCCCAAAGAUGAUUCAUCCAACGCUCUGGCUGCUGCUCAGUUCCUCUUUCAAAAUCAAGUUCAGCAACUUACCCAGGCCGCCCAUCAGCUCCAGGCCUUGCAAAAACAACACCAAAAUAAGACCCAGAUCACUUCCACCCCGAUCACAUCAAAGAGUCCCCUCCAUAGUCCAGCGGUUAGUCCGUGCCAUCAGAAUACCCCUUUGUCAUUCACGGGGAGUAGUCAAACCACACCACCGAAUAGUUCUAGUCUAAAUAUGGGUGGUAUUGUAACACCUAACACUCCUGGCACUGGGACUCAUACACCUCAGUUGGCUAAACAUAUGACGGGGCCUAGACCUAUGGAACCUUCACCGGAAGAAACCACUGAUUUGGAAGAACUUGAACAGUUUGCCAAGACGUUUAAACAGCGACGAAUUAAAUUGGGAUUUACUCAAGGGGAUGUUGGGCUAGCGAUGGGCAAACUGUACGGGAAUGAUUUUUCACAAACUACCAUAUCAAGAUUUGAGGCAUUGAACCUUAGCUUUAAGAACAUGUGCAAAUUGAAGCCGUUGCUGCAGAAGUGGCUGGAGGAUGCAGAUCGAACCAUAUCAAGUUCUGGAGGUGUAUACGAUCCAUCAUCUUUACAAACUAACAUUUCAACCCCCGAAAUUAUUGGGCGCCGACGAAAGAAGCGAACAUCCAUAGAGACCUCAGUUCGAGGUGCGUUGGAAAAGGCUUUCGAACUGAACCCGAAACCCACCAGUGAAGAGAUCUCACAAUUAGCUGAUCGACUAUGCAUGGAGAAGGAAGUUGUGAGGGUGUGGUUCUGCAACCGGCGACAAAAGGAAAAGCGGAUAAACCCGACCCUAGAUAGUCCAACAGGUGCGAACAAUGGCGGAGAAUCUCCUUUUGUUCUCUUACGCUAAAAGCGAGUGAUGAGGUACGAGAUCGAAGGGUAGCCCGUGAACGUGUUCUCUCCUAGUUGCUAACGAAUAUUUUACUUCUGACCCCAGGAGGGACUGCAUAGGACUCCAGCGGAACCCCUGCCUGGAGCAGUGACAGCCUGCAUUCUUAGUUUCUACAUAGUGUUUUACGUCUCACUAUUGAUCAAUUGUAUUUUUAUGCGCAACUUUUACCAUUCCAAUACAAUUUUAAAUAGACAAAAUCUAUUAAUUGCAAUUUACACAUCAACUGUACGUAUUUAUUUAGUUUAGUAAAUAUCUUUAAUAGCAUACGUCUAGGCUAAGCGCAAACUACGAUUAAGGACAUUUAAAAUAUUUGCAGAUGGAACUAUUUAAUUUCUAGACGUAAGUUGACUAGAUAUACUACGAAGAGUUUUAUAAAUUAUAAAGAAAUCACCAAAAUCUUUCGUAAUGUUGUACAGGCAUAAUGUCCCCGAAUUCAACCAUUUAUUUGUUAUGUAAUUUCCGCCAUUUUGCGAAUUUACUGGCGCAUUUAGCUUUAUUUAAUGUAUCGGCAAUUUCGUAACAUCUAGAUCCGAAUUCGAAAUUCCAGAUAGAAAAUUUUAGUUUCUUUUUAUUAUGAUUAAAUUCAUGUUACAUUAGAGCCUUAUCAUUGCAACUAAAACACAUAAAAUUGGUGAAUCAUUGUAAAUUAAAGAAAAAUUCAAAUAUAAGAGGAAAAUCCAUGUAGAAAGUAUCAAACAAAAGAUAAAUUGAAACCUAUUAGUUAGAUUUUGACAGAAAAAAAGAUACAAAAACCUGAAAAAUUCAAAAAAAUUAUCAAAAAUUCCUGCAUGUAUGAUACUAUGUAUAUGUUUUAUAUUUUUAAUAGAUUAAUUUUUUUUUGGAAUGUCUUCAUUCAAAAUUUGUCUCAUUUUGAUAUCGAAAUAUUUUUUUUUUAUUUUUUUGAUUCGUAAAUUAUAAGAGCAAA